AAAGUCAAAAUUAAGAGUGAGAAAUGAUUUUAUUGUUGCAUAUUAAUGGUCAUUCCUAAAUUAGAGAAACUGUCAUUAACCAGUGAUGACGUCGCAAUGAUAUUUGAUGAGCAAUUUCCAAGGGACCUCUUUUGCAAUGUUAAAGUUCUUCGUCUUCUUACUUAUAAAGAUAAAUCACUUUUGCUUUCAAUUCGCUUCCUUCAAUGUUUCCGCAAGCUGGAAAAGCUUCACGUAGCUGAUCGUAAUUUGAAGGAGUUAUUCCCUUCUGAAAGAGACGCUGAUGGUCAGGAGAACUGUGUGGGAACACAGUUACAUAUUAGAGAGUUGAAUUUGGAAUCACUUUAUAAUCUGAGGCAUAUAUGUAACCAAGACUCAAGAGGAGCUGACCUAAUUCUUCAAAAUCUUAAAAUUCUGAAAGUGGAGUUCUGUUAUUGCUUGAUUAGCUUAACAGCAUCUACGGUACCUUUCCACAAUCUCACCACUUUGGAUGUACAGCAUUGCAAAGGGUUAAGAAAUUUGGUUUCAUUCUCAACAGCUCAAAGCUUGGUUCAACUUGAAACAAUGAGCAUAACAGAUUGUGACUCGCUGACUGAAGUAGUUGGAGACAAAAGAGAUGGCUUAGAAGAUGAGAUCAUUUUUAUGAAAUUGAAAGUUUUGAAACUCAUGCGGUUAAGAAAGCUCACAAGCUUCUGUUCAAGACUUAAUUUCACCUUCAAUUUCCCAUGUUUAGAACGCUUGGUUGUGAGUGAAUGUCUCAACAUGGAGACCUUCUGUAAGGGAGUCCUAAAGACUCCAAUGCUGCAGAGAAUAUCACUGAAUGACUACGCUGAGGGGCGUCUGGUUGGAUAUGCUGGGUUAAGCCAUUUGAAACUCUCGGAGCUUCCUAAAUUGAUGGAAAUAUGGAACAAGAACCCCCAAGAUAUAUUGAAUUUCCAAUCGAUUGUUUCUCUGGAAAUUUGUAACUGUGAUAACUUAAGAUACGUCUUAACUCCAUCCAUGGUGUUGAGUCUUUCUAGUCUCCAGUCAUUGUGGGUACGAAACUGUGAAAUGAUAGAGCAAAUCAUCACAGAAGAGGAAGUUAUAGAGGUACCAGAAAAUAAAAUGAUAUUCCGCAAACUGGGCACCCUUGCUCUGGAGUCUUGUCCCAACUUGGUAAGUUUUGUUGUGGGAAGUUAUAAACUUGAGUUUCCAUCAUUGUUUUCCAUCGAGAUGGCUAAUUGUCCAAAGAUGGUAUCAUUUUCAACAUUUCCAAAAGUGCAAGAGAAAGAGACAACUGUUGGAGGAAGUGAAGAAAGGCCUGAUAUCCCUACUGAACCAUUUUUCACUGAUCAGGUCUUUCCUAAAUUAGAGAAACUGUCAUUAACAAGGGAUGACGUCGCAAUGAUAUUUGACGACCAAUUUCCAAGGGACCUCUUUUGCAAUGUUAAAGUCCUUCAUCUUCUUACUUAUAAAGAUAAAUCACUUUUGCUUUCAAUUCGCUUCCUUCAAUGUUUCCGCAAGCUGGAAAAGCUUCAUGUAGCUGAUGGUGAUUUGGAGGAGUUAUUCCCUUCUGAAGGAGACGCUGAUGGUCAGGAGAACUGUGUGGGAACACAGUUACAUAUUAGAGAGUUGAAUUUGGAAUUUUAUGAUAAUUUGAGGCAUAUAUGUAACCAAGACUCAAGAGGAGCUGACCUAAUUCUUCAAAAUCUUAAAAUUCUGAAAGUGAACUUCUGUUCUUGCUUGGUUAGCUUAACAGCAUCUACAGUACCUUUCCACAAUCUCACCACUUUGGAUGUAAGGCAUUGCGAAGGGUUAAGAAACUUGGUUUCAUGCUCAACAGCUCAAAGCCUGGUUCAACUUGAAACAAUGAGCAUAGCAUAUUGCAACUCGCUGACUGAAGUAGUUGGAGACGAAAGAGAUGGCUUAGAAGAUGAGAUCAUUUUUAUGAAAUUGAAAGUUUUGAAACUCAUGCAGUUAACAAAGCUCACAAGCUUCUGUUCAAGACUUAAUUUCGCCUUCAAGUUCCCAUGUUUAGAACGCUUGGUUGUGAGUACAUGUCCCAACAUGGAGACCUUCUGUAAGGGAGGCCUAAAGACUCCAAUGCUGCAGAGAAUAUCACUGAAUGACUACAAUGAGUACGAUGAGAGGCGUCUGGUGGGUGAAUUGAAUAGCACCAUAAAUCAAUUGUAUGAAGAAAUGGUUGCAUAUGCUGAGUUAAGCCGUUUGAAAUCCUCGGAGCUUCCUAAAUUGAUGGAAAUAUGGAACAAGAACCCUCAAGAUAUAUUGGAUUUCCAACGGAUUUUUUCUCUGGAAAUUUGUAACUGGGAUAGUUUAAGAUACCUCUUCACUCCAUCCAUGGUGUUGAGUCUUUCUGGUCUCUGGGAAAUCAGGGUACAAAACUGUGAAAUGUUGGAGCAAAUCAUCACAGAAGAGGAAGUUAUAGAGGUACCAGGAAAUAAAAUGAUAUUCCCCGAACUGAGAACCCUUGCUCUGAAGUCUUGUCCCAACUUGGUAAGUUUUGUUGAGGGAAGUUAUAAACUUGAGUUUCCAUCAUUGUUUUCUAUCGACAUGGAUAAUUGUCCAAAGAUGGUAUCAUUUUCAACAUUUUCAAUAAUGCGAGAGAAAGAGACAACUGUUGGAGGAAGUGAAGAAAGGCUUAGUAUCCCUACUGAACCAUUUUUCAGCGAUCAGGUUGAGUUUGCCAACCCUCUUUUUCUGACACUGUCCUCAAUGAACGUGCAACAAAUAUUCCAGAAACUACUUUCAACAAUGCCUUCUGUUGUUCGAAGUCUAGAAGGCUUGACUCUUAAAGGAUUAACAGAAGGAUUAGUAGAAGAAGAAAGGAUGUUGUUCCCAAAACUUGAAUCCGUACAGCUUGAAAGCCUUCCCAAACUCAAAAGAUUUAGCUCUGGAUAUUACUUAGCGUUUCCAUCCCUGACAAAACUUGUUGUCGAGAAGUGCCCUCUGUUGGAGUCGUUCAUCUCCAGUUCUAUUACUACCAAUCAGAAAGCCAAUGAAAGAGUAGAGGAAAACAAUUUGGAGGAUUACGUCCACACUUAUACACCACCUCUCUUCAGUACAAAGGUGGUGUUCCCUAAUUUAAAGGAGCUUUUUAUCUCCCAGAUGGGGAGCUUGAUCAAGAUAUGGGAUGAACAACUUGAUGAAGAUUCCUUCCACAAACUAUAUCUCCUCCAUGUAAAUCAUUGUGAAAAACUAUUGACCAUUUUUCCAAUUAAUAUGGUAGGGAAGCUACAAAACCUAGGCGAGAUGCAGAUAUGUGGUUGUGAGUCACUAGAAGAAAUUUUGGAACCUCAAGGAUUAGAUGCUGGUGAAUCAGAAGCACAAAUAACUGCUCAAUCAGCUUUGGUGGAAACAACUCCCAAUUUUGUAUUUCCAAAAGUAAAAUCUUUGGAUCUUCGGUGGCUACCCAAUCUCAAGAGUUUCUACACUCAAAUACAUACUACAGAAUGGCCAUCAUUGAAAAAAUUGGACAUGACUGGAUGUGAUAAAGUGCAGAUACUAGCUUCAGAAAUUCUGAGAACAAGUGGAGAGAACCAACUUGAAAUCCAAACUGAACACCCUCUGUUCUGGGUCAAUAAGGCUACAUUCCCCAAUCUUGAAGAAUUGAUAGUGGAACAGAAUGGUGACCUGAAAGAGAUAUGGCAUGGUGAUGAUGAUGUCAGGAAUGACAUUAUUUUUACCAAACUGAAGUCUUUGCAACUUAAAUGUCUUCCAAGACUAGCAAGCUUCUGCUUAGGGAAUUGCAACUUUGAAUUCUCAUCUUUGAAAGAUGUAAUUGUGAUGGGGUGUCCAAAUAUGAUGACUUUCACUGGGGGAGAAGUAAGUACACCUAACCUGCAGAAAGUAAAAUUCACAGAAGAUGAAUGUGUAGAAUGUUGGGAAGGUGGCCUUAACCCCACACUGCAACAGCUGUUUACGGAAAAGGUUGGAUAUGCUGUGGUAGAGCAUCUGACUCUCUCGCAGUUUCUUGAGUUGAUGGGAAUAAGGAGCAAGAAACCUCAAGAGAUCUUGAGUUUCAGAUGGCUUUGCUCUCUAGAAAUUUGUAAUUGUGGUGACUUGAGAUACUUGCUGACUCUUUCCAUGGCACUGAGCGUUGUUUCUCUCAAAAAGAUGAAAGUACAAAACUGUGAACUGCUGGAGCAAGUCAUCUCAGAAGAAGGGGCCAACUUGAAGGACAGCAUUGUUUUCACCAAACUGAAUUCUUUGGAGCUUAAAGGUUUGCCGAGACUUGAAGGCUUCUGUUUGGGUAAUUGCAACUUUGAAUUCACAUCUUUGGAAGAUGUAAUUGUGAUGACAUGUCCAUAUAUGAUGACUUUCGCUGGGGGAGAAGUAAGUACACCAAAACUGCAUAAAGUGAAAUUAACGGGAGAUGAUGAAGAUGAAGGAUGUUGGGAAGGUGGUCUUAACCCUACAGUACAGCUUUUGUUCACGAAAAGAGUGUUGGUGACUCUAAAGAAGAUUGAAAUUUAUGCUUUGUAAAAGCUGGUGUUGGUUUGAUUUUCAAUAUGGUCAUAUGGCUCUGGAUUUUAGUGGCUGCAAGUUGCAAAUUUUCUUAGCACCUAUAAUGUUAUUUAGAUUUCUAAAACUAGUCGUCAGAGUUUUUGAACUUCUUGUGUGACUUUGUGUUGUUAGUAUUUAAUUUCAUGUCCUGGUUUGGUAUUGUGGUGUUAAGGACAAUAUUUAAACCUUGUGUUAUCAGAACAUAUGUAUCUCGAUACAGAAAACGUGGUGUGUCUAAACUUUGGGAUUGUAGCCUCUAGACAUUUUUUUUCCUUUUGCUGGCUUGGUUUUGAACAUGAUGUUGCAACAAGAUUUCAUAUGAAUCGAGCUAUACAUUGUCUUAUGCACCUUAGUUGUAGUUUCUUGACAUUCGCAAAUCCUGAUGUUGUUUGGGUUCUGCUGUACAUUAUGCAUUUCUGCGGAAUAGGGAAAUCAUUCCACUUGAAGGCCUAAAUCUGGAUGACAUCCAACCAGGAAGAUAUAGUCUCCAUUGCCUCCCUCUAAAGAUGGUUGGUGCUGAUGGAUGUCCAACAAGAUGCAUUCUCAUUUAAGAUAGAAACUUUGGUUGAGAAGUAACUCUAAAGCAAGGCUAUAAAAUUGUUCCAGGAGAUGAAUAAUAGCUCCAGAAGGUAUAGAAUGGAUCAAACUGCUUCUGGACAUCUGUGUGCUUAUAUUUGAAUCCAUCGAACCUUUGUAAGAAGCUAGUAUCUUACAAAGGUUGAUGUCCGGCAGGACAAAGUCUGGGGUAU